UUCAUAGCUUCCUUGCAAUUCCAUGAUCUCACUGAACUGAAACAAAAAGCACCUUAAUUGAAAAUUGAAACACGAAGGAAGAAAGGGAAAUGAGAAAUUUACGUUUGUUUUCUUCUCAUUUAACUCGAAUCCGGAAAACUCUUCAUCAAAAUCCAAACAUUUCCUCUGCCAUCCAAUCUUUAAACAACGUUAACCAUACUUUCUCACGAAAUUACACAACCCCAUCACAAGAAUCCACCAAACAAGCUCCUUCCAACAAAGUCGCCGCAAUCGUCGAUGAACUCUCCGGGUUGACUCUGCUCGAAGUCAUGGACUUAACCGAAGUCCUCCGCCAAAAACUGGAUGUUAAAGAGAUGCCAAUAAUGGCAGUGAUGAUGCCGGGCAUGGGAUUUGCUGGGGCCAUGAGAGGUGCCGGGAAAGGUGGGGCUGGUGGGCCCGGGAAAGGGGAAGAGAAGAAGGAGGAAAAGAUGGUUUUUGAUGUGAAACUUGAAGGGUUCGAUGCGGCGGCUAAGAUUAAGGUGAUUAAGGAAGUUAGAGGGUUUACGGAUUUGGGGUUGAAAGAAGCUAAAGAUUUGGUGGAAAAGGCGCCCACUUUGUUGAAGAAAGGGGUUACUAAAGAGGAAGCUGAGAAGAUUAUUCAGAAGAUGAAGGAGGUUGGAGCUAAAGUCUCCAUGGAGUGAGACUUUCACUAAGAGAAAUGGGACAAAGAAGAAGUGCAAGGCAUUUGCAAAUAAUUUGUGAAAAUGCAGGGUAACUGAUAUUGGUGUAUAAUGCCAGGAUUACUGUCAGUGGAGGAGAUCAAUUUAGGGAUUCCUCCUAAAGCAGAACAUUCUUUGCAAAAUUGAUUUGCAGUGCAGCUGAGUUCAUAGUAAUGUUUUUAUUUUGAUCAAUAUCAUUGUAAUUUCUUGAUGAUUCUAAACCAACUGUUGUAGAAUUGAAUUUUGACGACCAAUGAUUUUAUAAACAAUCCUUUCAAUAGUU